AUGGUUGUGCUAACAAAAGAAGAACAGGCGGAGGCCGAGCAAGGUCUGUGGCUACCGCAACUCGAACGUGAUGCCUGUGGCGUUGGGUUCGUCUGCUCGAUCCAAGGCAAGGCCACCAGAAAGGUACUAUUCUUUAUUCAAUUUUGACCGGUCAGAGACAUCCCAGUUCUUUCAGAGCCUACAAAAAAAGCUUCAAUCUCCUUUGAGCUUCAUAGCUAUCUUUUAAUAAAGAAAUAUGAUUUCUCUUCGGAAAAGUUGGUUUUCGGGACAAGAAUGAAAGUAGCGACUUUCUCCACCAUGAAUAAAGCUGAAACCACAUCGCUGAAGUCAUAUUCUAAUGAAUAUUAGAGAGAAUGCUUUUUUGGAAGGUUUUCACUUUUGUCUAGAGGCUGCAAGGAUAGUUAAUAAUUUAUUGACAGAUCAGCGUGAACCCUAACGAGUUCACUUGGAUCUAGAAUUUGAGAGAAUACAUUAUACAGUUAUACAUCAUUUGAGUCGUGGAGGAAUAGACAAGAAGAUCUCGUGCAAUGGUAGAUUGACCAGUAAAUUUUUUUUAAAGACUUGGGGUGGUGGCUGAAUUGAAAUUUGGAAGUGAGUUUGUUCCAAGUAGGAAUUGUUUUAAAGAAAAAAAUCAUUAGAAAACUGAUCUUGAGAACGCAGUCGAAGUGGAUUUCGCCUUAAAUUGGACCUGAGGGCAAAAAAAGUUCGAACUGGGGAAAAAUGAUCGAUACCGAAGACAAUUUUAUGAAGGGUCAGAAUGUCAGAUAUAGCUCGUCUGAGGUAAAGUGGAGAGAUAUCAAAUUGUUCAAGGCGAUCAGAGUAAGAUUCAAAGGAUAAGUUGGACCUAAUAAAAAUUUUACGAGAAAAAAUUCUGAGAGGAGAUUCCAGUUUGUAGCAGAGAUCAGAGUUAAGGGGAGGGUUAAAAACUUCGGAGCAGUAUUCUAGAAUAGGCCUUACAUAGGUGUUAAAAAUUUUGAACAAUAGAUCAGGUGAUUUGGAACGAAAACAGUUGAGUAUCUGAUUGGAACGAAGAGUUGCUAAAGAAACGAUAUUGUUAAUGUGAGGAGCGAGAGUUAGUUUAUCAUCGAUAAGAACACCUAGAUCACGGAUAAUGGUUUUUCUGGGAAUAAAGGGAUAAAUAUCGAUCCUGAAAAACUCCAUAAAAACUGAAAAACGUGGGAAAAAAGUGUAUUGAUAAGUUUUCUCCAGAUCAUGGAGGACGCUCGGACGAUGCUCGAACGCAUGGCUCAUCGUGGCGCUUGCGGAUGUGAUGAUCAUUCUGGAGAUGGUGCUGGAGUCCUCACUGCGAUUCCAGAUGAACUCUACCGAAAAUCGGUCAAAGAGUGCGUUUUUUUUCCAUUCCGGAAAGAUUGAAAGGCAGUGACUUCAGAUUUCAGAAUUAUUGCUGUCAAGUAACUCAAAAUUCAGAAAAGGUGUAUAUAUCGAUAGAUAGAAUAUGAAUUCUGGGAGCUCUUUUAUUAAUUUUCUUCAGAAAAAAAAACACUAACUUUAUAUUUCUUAUCACUAAUUAUCAACAAUCUUCAAAGAAAAUCCUCAAGCUUUAUAAAACUUCAAAAAGCAGAAUACCGGAUUUUCAGGCAAGAUGACGUCGAUCUGCCACCGCUUGGCCAAUACGCCACCGGAAUCUUGUUCCUUGAAGGAGAGUCCUACAAACAGGCCAAGGUAUAUAAUUUUUCAUCUUCGGACUGUGAAAAACCCUUUUCAGGAAGCAUUUGGAGAAUUGGCUCGGCUUUGCAACCUUCGGGUUCUGACUUGGAGAAAACUGGGGACGAAUCGCGAUUGUAUCGGGGACGAAGCCAAGAAGACGGAGCCGCUCAUUCGUCAGGUCUUUUUUUCAGGACUACCUAAUAAUAAAAAAAAUUUUCUGAGAAAAUUAUGAAUUUGGGAUCAAGAAAAUUAAGUAGAAAUUCUUCAGACGGCAUCCUAUCAUUUCAAUCAAUUCAACAAUCUGAUUUCUUUUGAAAUUCAUAAAUUGGACACUAUUUUUUUCAUUCACAAAAAGUUUUUAGUGGACAAUAAAUAUCAGACGACAUCUCAAAAUCUUGUUCGAAACAAAUAAAGUCUUUUUCUGUGUGUUACUUUUGAAAAGAAGGUCAGGUCGGCUGAAUAAACUUGGAAAAUGACGUCAGCUGAUGAAGAUGAUUUGAUGAGAUCUCUUCUUGAAGUAAUUUUUUCAUGAAUAGUUCAGCUUCCUUGAAUUUUUUGUUUAUUUCACUGCUCUGCUCUUUUUAAAAACCUUGAAAAGUCUUCAAACCUUUUUUUGAAGCAAAGGAAGGCCGGUUUAAUGGAAAAUUUAUUAAGAAGAGAUUAUAAAAUUCAAAUGUAACUAUAUCAAAAUACGAAAUUCAGGUCUUCGUCACGGCUGAUUACGCUGAGAAAGAGCCGGAACGAUUUGAAAGACACAUCUACUUGCUCCGAAAGCAGGCAGUUCACAACAUGGCCAAGCAGUCCAUCGAGUGUUAUAUUUGCUCUCUCAGCACCUCUACUGUGGUCUACAAGGUUCGAAAUUAUUUCGAUCAAAAAAGAUGUGAUAAAUCUCAGGGUCAAUUCAACACUCAUCAACUCUACAAAUACUACCAUGAUCUGACUGAUCCGACUUUCAUGACCCAUUUGGCUCUUGUUCAUUCUCGAUUUUCCACUAACACAUUCCCCAGCUGGAGUCGUGCUCAACCGAACAGGUGAGCAGAAAAAAGUAUCCUUGGAAAGCGAUAAAAAGCUCGUAAAUGUAGCUGUUUUCUUUGUUUCAGUGGGAUUUGUGGUUGGAAGGGCAUAUGAGUUUUUGUGACAUUUUCAUUGGAAUUUUGUGGUCACGGUAGUGUGCGCUAUAUAUUGAUUUUUGCUGCAGUCCUUUUUUUUUACUUUUCAGAAAAAGUUUAAAAUUUUUAAAAAUGCUUCGAUUAAAAGCUUUUUGCGCAAAACGAGGCAAUUUUGAUUUUUCGGGGCGUUGAAAGGCUCAGCAAGUUAUCUUGACUCAUUCCAUUGCAACUAUGGAUAUUUCAAAUCCAAUCAGAAGAAAAAGGACUAUUAAGACCGACUUAUAUAGAAAACUUAGAGGAAAAUUUUAAAAUUAAGAAAAAGUGGAAGAAUAAGCCAGGAAAAUCAACCAAAUAAAAUCAACUUCUCAGGAUGUUGGCCCACAACGGCGAGAUCAACACUUUACGUGGAAAUAUCAAUCUGAUGCACGCCCGUGAAGGCGUCAUGAGCAGCAAACAUUUCCGAGACGAUCUCCAGAAGUUGUUCCCGGUUGUUGAAGAGGUAAAAUCUCUCGGAAAAAUCCCAAAACAAAGCUAUUUUCGGUUUGGCCUAAUUAGAAAUUCAAACUAUAGUUUUCGCUCAUUCAACUUGCAAUAAAUAGAGAAUCGAGAUUUGGCUCAAACUAUAAACAAAAAGGAGGGUUUACUGGGAAAAGUUUUAGUGGCCACUAUAGGGUUUUGUCGUUUCAGUGGCCACUAUAGUAGUCAAAUUAAUGGCCACUUAAGGGGUUAAAAAUUAGUGGCUACUAUAAAGGUCUUAGUGCUACCCCUAAAACUUAGUGGCCACUUUAGGGGUCAAUGGAUCAAAACAACUGGUCCAGUCAGUUUGUUUUAAAAUUAUCCGAGUUUCUGGAAGAAAUACUGGAUGAAAGGAAUGCUGGAUGAAAAACUACUGAAGUGGCCACCAAAACGGAAAAUAGGGGACAUUUUAGAGGUGAUUUUAGUGGCCAGCCUUAGUGUCCUCUGCAUAAAAUCUAGUGGCCGCUAAAACUUUUCCCAGUACCCGUUAUUUUUUUGAAGAUUGGUACAUGUUCAAGAAAUUUUCUGAUAAGUCACGCAUUCCGAAUCUCGGAAAGAUGCAGCUUCAAUUUUUCAGAGCCUUACGGACUCCGGCUGUUUCGACAACGUUUUGGAGUUCCUGGUCCACGCAGGAAACCGGUCUCUUCCUGAAGCAGCGAUGGUGAUGGUUCCUGAAGCCUGGGAGAAGGAUGAGGUCUAUACUACUCUAGUUUGAAGGAAUAAAUGCAUAGCAAAGAAGAUAAACAAAGAUAUGCCUCUUUAUGUUGACUGGAGAAAAUCGUGGCCGCAUAGAGAAUGAGACGAGAAUUUAGGAAAUGAAGUAAUAUCAUUUUUCCUUUGACAACUACGUCUUGUUUGAAAAAUAUUCAGGUGCGGAUCAUCAAAAUUUAGGCCACAAAUGAAUGAACUUGAAUAACCAAGAAGCAGAGCAAGAGAUUCAGAGGAAUUUAUCUUUUUCUUUCACCACUUCACCGUUUCAAGCUCAAAAAUUAGUUACUCUGCUAAGAUAUUUCACAAAAAAGUCCAUAUCCUUUUUUGUUAAAAUUAUACUUAGUUAUUUUCUCUAUGACUUAUUCUAAAUUUUCCAGGAAAUGCCAAAGGACAAGAAGCAUUUCUAUCGGUGGGCCGCCAUGAGUAUGGAACCUUGGGAUGGGCCAGGUAGAAUCGAACUUUUCGCCUAGAAAAGUUGGAGCUUUUCCAGCUCUUCUCGCGUUCUCGGAUGGUCGUUACGUUGGCGCGAUUUUGGAUCGAAACGGUCUUCGUCCAGCUCGAUACUACCUGACUGACGAUGACCACCUCUACCUGAGUUCUGAAGUUGGCGUCAAUGAUCAUGAGAUCGGGACCGUCAUCAAGAAGGCACGUUUUUUACCACGGCUUUUCAAAAACUGGUCGUCGAAAGAAUCACUGAACGCAUUGCGGUCGCGCAGUAAUUCGAGUUGA